AUUACAGGUAACGUGACUGUCUCAAGCUGCACCAAGCCGAUCGAUACAACAGUCCAAGUGGUUCUUACCAUAGGAUAUGCUAUCAUUUUCCCUGUAGCUUUGCUAGGUAACUCACUAGUCUUAUAUGUGGUCUACAGACAUCAGAGUCUCCGCAACGCCCUUAACUACUUGAUCGUAAACAUGGCCAUUGCAGAUCUGCUAGUGACCAUCUUAAUCAUGCCCUAUUCUACCGCAUACUUAUUUAUACAAAAUCUUUGGUUCAGUGGUGUAUUUGGGGACAUUUUGUGCAGAUUGGUGCACUUUUCACUGACAGCUUCCAUAGGCGCGUCUAUUUUCACUCUAGUUACAAUGACUGUUGAUCGAUUUGUAUCGAUCGUGUUCGUCUGGAGAAAAUCGCUAACUCUUGGAUCAUCCAAACUCGUGUUGGUAUUGAUAUGGGUUCUUUCGUUCGUCAUGUUCGGGUUUAAUUUGCGWGUCUACCGAGUCGACUUCAUCUUCGGAGCUUUCCGAUGUUAUCCRAGUUUCAUCGGCUUCCCGCCGGARUUCCCGAAGAUUUCCGCUAUUUGUUUCUUUGUGUUCCUGUAUGCUAUUCCACUACUGUUGAUGGCAGUUCUUUACUCUAUUAUAUGUUACAAGCUAUUUAAGCAGAAAAUGGCGGGAGGAGACCGUGAGAUUGACAAGAAGAAGAAACGUGUGAUCAAUAUGCUUAUCACUUGUACAGUAUUCUUUGCACUUUGUUGGCUUCCAUUACAUAUCUUGCAUUAUUACAUAUACUUCAAUAUGAAGACAUAUAAAUGUUUUCCACCCUUGUUUAUCCUGGGGGGUUUCUGGCUGGGACAUGCCAACAGUGCCGUGAACCCGUGCUUAUACGUUAUUUUUAAYAAAACAUUUCGGAUGGCGUUCCUCAAGGCACUACACUUGACCAGCUUUGACAGCAACAAUUGGCAUCCAGGAACAACGAACGUUACGCGCGUACAACGCACRGGAAUGCAGAGUUUAUAUGUGGAAGAUGAAGAAGAGAAUAAGUUAAAUCUGGCACAACGUUUUUCAAAGCGAUUCCGCGCUUCCUUUGCUAAAGCCUACGCGAAAAUCAGGAGUGCAAGCGACGAGGAUUCAAAUGAGCUGGUCGACAAAAGAAAGUCAGUCGUUGUAGUGUCUGAGCGGAUGACGAGCUUGUGAAAACGUUAAAAGUACGUGAGCAUGAAAUAAAAGUUCAACGGGUAAACGCAUCAUCAUGACACCUACACUGUGAACAUGAUACCAACGAAAGCGUAUGAAUAUACGUAUACAUAUUGCACCGUGAAGCGUAAACGUGACAGUAACCUAACGUGCAAUCGUAAUGGGGAUAACAGCAUAACGUAAACGUUGUGAUAACGAUGGCGUAAGGCGUAAACGUUAACGAUAGCGUGGCGUAAUGGCGUUCAUGCCUACAACAGACCUACAAUAUAUAACGCUUACACGAGAUAAAAAUGUUAGUUCAAAGAAUAAACGUAACGAUAUUCCGUAAACGAAGGGCGGAGGCAUAGCGUACGUACCCAUCGAGCUGAUAUAAACAACGGGUCUUUCAAGCUACACUAAAUAGAGAAGGUACGCCUAAAUCAAGAAGUGUUUAUCRUAAGAUCUGCUAACGAAAAUCGUCCAGCUAAGCGUAAAUAUCGCGAACGGAAACGUUAAAAMUACAAGUGGAUGAUACUAGAGCAUUCGAUAAAGCACUUAAAAACGACACAAAAGUAUAAAAUAUGAUACUAUACAACUUAUUAAUUAUUGAUCAUGAAUAUCUCGUAUAUACUGUUCUAUGAAGCUAAAUAUCGCUAUAGAAAAAUUAUAUAUGUAUGUAUUUAAGGCAACACUUAGAGUACGUUGCCUGAGGUCAGUUGUUUCGCGUGUUAAGAUUAAGCGAAAUCGUAGACAACAACUUAGACACUUCGACGCUAAGAUGGAGAAUAUAAAAUGAUGCGAAAGCAGGAACGAAUGACGUCAUAUUCUACGUCAUUAGACGUAAUAUUGACACGACGUCAAUAAAUGUUAUAGAUACUAGCUCCAUACACUAGAGAACUAUGGGCCGGUCAUUAUUAGACGUAGCUAGCGUUGCAUACGGAAAUAAUUCUCCAUGGGAUCGAUUUACGAAGGGAAUUCCGUAAGCAACGUAAGCUUUAUAUAAGUAACUGUAAAUUAAAAUGCUGCGUAUAGAACCAAGUCACAUUAGAGGAAUUCUAGAAAUAAUAAAAUGUACAAAAAUGAAGAUAUUAAUUGCAUUUUAUACA